AAAUCUUGCGUGUGUCUUUCCCGCGAAGAGGAUGCACUCGCACUAGCUGGGUGCUAGGUGAUGAGGAGAGGCCCAGGUAUUAGCUCGAAAUAUCAACUAAAAAAAGACUAUUAAUUCAGAAAAAUGGCGAAGCAGAGCUCCCUCUUCAACUUCUUCACCAAGUCUCCGCCGCCGGUCUCCAAGCCGAAGCCGAGUCCCUCUCCGGCCGAAGCAGACCUGCCUUCAUCCGUGGAAAAGUCCAACUCUUCCCCGAAGGAGCAAGCUAAGCAGACCCCCCAACAGCCAGCUAAGACCAACAAACCGAAAAGUACCCCAAAGCCUGAUAAAGGGGGAUUUAAGAAGCUCUUUGGAGAUAAAACACCUGCAGCCAAACAAAGGUUAGUUAUGUGUUGUUGUAGGGAGCCGUGUAUUUCCUGGAGGCACGUUUUCUGCAGCUUUGCGAGAAAGGAGUUGAAAGUGAAGCUGCGUGUGCAAGUAGACCGACAACCCAUGAGCAAUAUGCGUGUUUAAGUUUGCACACCACAAAGUUGAUUUUUAUCUUGCCGUAAAACUUUGAUCAUAAAUUUUCGGUCUUAUUUGACAAUUUGGCAAAUGAAGCUGCACGAGGUUUUGGUCAGAUUUUUAUUUUCUAAAUGCAUGACAGCAACUUGGAGGAAGUGUAUCCAGCACGUGUGGGUUGUUUUUAUAUUAGGGGAGAUUGGGGUAAGUUGAGCCACCCCCGUUGCUUAGAAAUGGUAAAAGAAAUUGAUCAUGUGACCCCGUACACAGGGCAAGUUGACUAUAGGAGACCACUUUUUUUUGGCAUGCUAUACUAUCAAGACAGUUAUGUUUACUCUCAUUCUUUUGGUUUGCAGGGAUUCACAACAUCUUGAAAUAUAUGCAGAUACACUAGUUAGAGACAAAACUGUGAUUGCUUUGAUGUAGUGAUCUGAAAUAUGAAAAAAAAACGCUCAUCUUACUCCACUCUCCGCUACUACGUUCUGUGCUUGUUUGUUUGAGGUUGUGAGCUACUCUUUGUAUUGCAGCCCCCUGCUGUGCUCAUGUCACUAUGCAUGUACAGUACUCCUGCUGAAAGUCAAUUUAACCAUCCUUGUCAUGAUUUCUUGCAGUCUGAUCUUACGCAAUGGGGUCUGCCCGUUUUAAACAGCCAUUUCUCAUAAUAACAGCAGAAACUACAUUUAUGAUCACAAGCAAGUCUGCGAAUUUUUUCACGUUUCUUCCUUUUUUCCCUAAUUUGUUGUAAUUCAGGUCAAAUCAUGAUUCAGAACUUUUUUACUUUCAUAAUAAAAUUUGCACCAGCCUGAAUGAAAUCCCUAAAAUACUAACUCUUUUUUCUCCUUUCAGCAGCUCCACCUGCUCAUUAAAUGCUGGAGCUCUUGUUUGGGCAAAGCUGGAGGGACACCCCUGGUGGCCAUGCAUGGUGGUACCUCAACCUCUGACAGGACAGCAGAUGAGAGGAAGGGGGCGGGACCAGCGCAUACAUGUCCAUUUCUUUGAUGAGCCCCCGACCAGAGGAUGGGUCAGCACCAAAUAUGUCAGAGAAUACAAAGGUUAACUUCAGCUCCACUUUUAUUUACGAUGAUAGUAAAUUUAAACCUGCAGUAUGUCUAUAAUGUCAUUCAUGUAAAGUAACCCACCUGACACUGUUGUUUAUGGCUCACAGGCUCUGGCAGCAGUGAAGCUAAAUCAGGUGGGGUGUAUUUCAGCCCCAAACCUGUGAUCCGGCGAGCGAUGGAGCUUGCUGAUAAAGUUAUGUCUGACAGCGCUGAGGAAAGAUUGAAGAUGCCGCUCUGUAUGGAUCCAUCUGAUGAGGAAGAAGAGGAUGAAGAAAUGGAGGUGAUUUAGCACUAAAUUAAUACCAUAUUUUUUGCACUAUAAGGCGCACCAUCAAUGAACGUGUCUAUUUUCAUACAUAAGGCGCACCGGAUUAUAAAGCGCAUUAAGUCAAACAAAACAGUCAGAUAAGUCAAACUUUAUUGAACUCAUUCAAUAACUCUGCGAGGCUACAGUAGCUUCAGUGCUCCAACAAGCCAAAAGGAUUUUAAGUGCGCCUUAUAGUGCGAAAAAUACGGUAAUGUGUUUUUACUUUCACUUCCGUCGUGUGUAUUUUUUAGUUUUUGUUUAAGUGGAGUUUGCAUCAUAGUUUUUAGGCAGUGUUGUAACUCUGGAGAAUAAAACCCCAAACUCAGAGUUUAACCAGGAUAAAUUACCAUAAUUGUCAAUAUUAAAACGCUUCAUUUUCUGUGUUAGUGAAAGUAUUACAGGAUAGUUAAUGUGAUCUGUCAGGUCUAAAUUUGCCCUAAUCUCCUCUCCUUCAUGUCACAUCUCCAGCUUGAAAAGUCAACCUUGACAGAUGAAAGUGUCACAGAUGAGGAUGAGGAAAUUAAGUCCCCAAAGGUCAGCCGACGUCCGUCCCGUGCUUCGAAAGACAAAGGAAACAAACCGAAACGGCGUCGCAUAAUCGCAGCCUCAGACAGUGACGGAUCAGACGAGGAAUUCAAACCGGAUCAGGCUGCGUCCAGCAGCGAGGAUGAGGAGGAAGAGGCCACAGUGAGCAGUGAAGAGGAGGAGAAAGAGGAGAGCAUGGAAGAGUCAGAAGCGGAUAGUCCUGUAAAGCCGGUAAAGCGUAAACGCCCCGCUGAAAAGCCGUCUUCGACAAAAGCGAAGAAACCUUGCAUCCCGGCGAAUACCCCAAAACGAGCCCCUGCAGCCGUCAUUGCCGACACGAAAUCUCGUCUGUCUGCUUUCUCUGCGCCUGAAAACUUCGAGAGCCAGACAAACGGAUCAGGUGGGGGUGGAGGAGCCACAGUUUGGGACCAUGAGAAGCUGGAUUGGUUGCAGGAGGGUAAGAGAAAAGAUGGUGCAAGACAUCGACAGUCAGAGGAGGACUACGAUCCCUCCAGCCUGUACGUGCCUGAGGACUUCCUGAAUCGAAACACUCCGGGGAUGCGUCGCUGGUGGCAGCUCAAAUCCCAGAUGUUUGAUACCGUCAUUUUCUACAAAGUGGGAAAGUUUUACGAGCUCUAUCACAUGGACGCUGUGGUCGGAGUCAACGAGCUGGGGCUGACAUUCAUGAAGGGGACCUGGGCGCACUCGGGCUUCCCAGAGAUCGGCUUUGGUCGUUUCUCUGAUGUGCUGGUCCAGAAAGGCUACAAAGUGGCCCGUGUGGAGCAAACCGAGACCCCAGAGAUGAUGGAAGCUCGCUGUAAGACCAUGUUAAGGCCUACAAAGUUUGACAAGGUUGUUAACAGAGAAGUGUGCCGGAUUAUCACCAGGGGAACCCAAACUUACAGCGUGCUUGACGGUGCGCCCUCUGAGAGCCAGAGCAAGUUCCUGCUGAGUUUGAAGGAGAAGUCUGAGGAGGAAAGCUCAGGUGGCUGCCGCACUUACGGAGUCUGCUUCGUGGACACCUCUGUGGGGUAUUUCCAUGUGGGUCAGUUCCCGGAUGACCGUCACUGCUCACGUCUGCGCACCUUGAUCGCUCACUAUCCCCCGGCUGAAGUGCUCUUCGAAAAGGGGAACCCGUCUGUUGAAACCCGCAAAAUACUGAAGGCUUCUCUGUCCUCUGCUCUCCAGGAAGGACUCACUGCAAGCACACAGUUCUGGGAUGCCCAGAAGACCCUCAAAACCUUUUCAGAGGAGGAUUACUUCAGAGACGAGAAAGAUCAGGGGACGGGAAACGGUUUUCUCCCUCCUCUUCUGAAAAAUAUGACAUCUGACAGCGACUCUCUGGGCCUCACCCCUAAAGAAGGCUACGAGCUGGCUCUGUCAGCUCUGGGCGGCUGCGUCUUCUACCUGAAGAAAUGUCUGGUGGAUCAAGAGCUGCUCUCCAUGGCAAACUUUGAGGAUUACGUCCCUGUCGAUGUGGAGAUGGAGAAAUCUGCAGGACCUGCAAGUUUCUUUGCUCAGACUCGGCAGAGGAUGGUCCUCGACGGUGUGACUCUGGCAAACUUGGAGAUCUUCCAAAAUGGUUCAGGAGGGACAGAGGGGACUCUGCUGGAGAGACUGGACACCUGCUGUACCCCGUUUGGUAAGAGGCUGUUGAAGCAGUGGCUCUGUGCUCCUCUGUGUAACCCCACAUCCAUAAAGGACCGGCUGGACGCGGUGGAGGACCUGAUGGGCGCUCCAGCUCAGGCCACAGAGGUUUCCGACCUGCUUAAGAAGCUCCCAGAUCUGGAGCGUCUUCUAAGUAAGAUCCACAGCAUCGGCACUCCUCUGAAGGGCCAGGAUCAUCCAGACAGCAGAGCCGUUCUCUACGAGGAGGUCACCUACAGCAAGCGCAAGAUCGCAGACUUCCUCGCGGCGCUGGAAGGCUUCAAAACCAUGCAGGAGAUUAUUUCUGUCCUCACUCCAGUUGCAAACGAUUCCCAUUCCUCACUGCUCCGCCAAGUGGUCACCUUGAAAACUGAAAAAGACGGCCUCUUCCCUGACCUCUCAGUUGAGCUCAAGCGCUGGGAGACCGCCUUCGACCACCAGAAAGCUCGCACUACAGGCGUCAUAACCCCUAAAACCGGCUUCGACCCGGAGUACGACCAAGCUCUGACCUCGAUUAAGAGCUGUGAGCGGGAGCUGCAGGACUACCUGGACAGACAGAAGAAGAGACUGGGCUGUAAGAACAUGGCCUACUGGGGGACUGGGCGAAACCGCUUCCAGAUGGAGGUGCCCGACAGCAUUUCAGAGCGGAAUAUCCCCGAGGAGUACGAGGUGAAGUCCACAAAGAAAGGCUGGAAGCGAUAUGUCACCAAGGAGACGGAGCGUCUGUUCUCAGAGCUGCAGGGAUUCGAGGAGAAGAGAGACGCGGCCCUGAAGGACUGCAUGAGGAGACUUUUCUACAACUUUGACAAGAACUACAGAGACUGGAAGACCGGCGUGGAGUGCAUGGCGGUUCUCGGUAACUACACAUUUGUAAUUCUGUUCAUAGGCUGAGACAAAGGUUUCUUUUGCAGAUAACUCGCGCAAUUUUUCUAUCCAUGAAUUCCAUCAGUCCCUCUUCAGUUUCUACUUCCUGUUUUCAGAUGUGCUGCUCGCCUUGUCGCGGUACAGCGAGGGUGGAGACGGGCCGAUGACCAGGCCACAGGUGGUUCUACCCGAGAGCGAUGAUCAGAGCGCACCCUUCCUUGACCUCACCGGAUCCCGCCACCCUUGUGUCACAAAGACCUUUUUCGGAGACGACUUCAUUCCUAACGACAUCUUCAUCGGCUGCCCUGGAAGCAGCGAGAACGACGAGGUGACCGGUGACGCCUCCUGCGUCCUCGUCACGGGACCAAACAUGGGCGGCAAGUCGACUCUCAUGAGACAGGUGGGUGAUUUUAGGGUUUAAGUCCACUAAGUGAGACUCCAGUCUCUGCUGGCUCACAUUGGCGUACUCUGCUGCUCUUUUUUUCAUUCAGUGUGGACUGGUGAUCAUCCUGGCUCAGCUGGGCUGCUACAUCCCUGCUGAGAGCCUUCGCUUCUCUCCUGUGGACAGGGUCUUCACUCGGCUGGGGGCCUCUGAUCGUAUCAUGGCAGGUAACAUCAGGAGCUCGUGUAGCGCUGCGCUAAUUGGGCGCCCAUAAAAAUCAAUCUUUAAUAUCUAUGAGGGAAUCGAGCAUCUAAUUUUGAAGGUGAGGAUUUUGACAUCUCUGUGUUUUCUGUAGGAGAGAGUACCUUCUUCGUGGAGCUGAGUGAGACCGCCAGCAUCCUGCACCACGCCACCAAACACUCCCUUGUGCUUCUGGAUGAAUUAGGUGAGUUCAUACCGCAUUGUAGUUGGAGUGUGUGUCACAGACCGUCUCGUCAGCAUGCUUUUAGUCCUGUAUUUGUGUGUUUUCAUUCUUCCGUGACCCGUUUGCAGGAAGAGGCACAGCCACGUAUGACGGCACAGCGAUCGCCAGCGCCGUAGUGAAGGAGCUCGCUGAGAAAAUCUGCUGCCGCACGCUCUUCUCCACGCAUUACCACUCCCUGGUGGAGGACUACGCCAACAACCCCGCUGUGCGACUGGGCCACAUGGUGAGUACAACAUCACAGAAACUCUAAACGCGGAGUGCUGCUGGCAAAAGGCAGAGGACAGUUUGGAAAUGUUAGCGCGCUCAGAGCUGGGAGAGGUUUUAUUUCAUGGAACAUCUGCUGGGCUGAUUUUGGCAGAUCUGUGUCGAAGGUUUUUACGAUGAGUGGAGUCGGGAACAAACUUUUCUGUUGACUGCUUGUGUAGAAGUCUAAACUUCCCACACUAAUUACCCUUCUUCUGUUUUGUUUCUUUAGAUUUAAAGUAUUAUUUUGUAGUUUUAGUUUGUACUGAACCAGAACAGUUCGACAGGAACACAGUUUUACUGUUUUACCAAUGACACACCUUCAAAACAGACUCAUGAUGUGUUGGUUUGAGAGGAUAGUAUGGAUUUUGGUUUUGUCGUGUUCUUACAUGGUUACAUAAUCAUAGUUUGAGCUCAUCACAAAGAGGCAAGUUUUUUCCAACUGAGCAUCACAACAACGGUAAUGUUUCUGCUGAACGGAGAGUUAAUCUAGUCGUUUGUGUCGUUAUCUCCAGCACACCUGCUGUCCUCAUUGUGGGUGUGCGUGUCUGUCAUAACCUCGAACUGAAGUUCCUGACUGCAGCAACGUUCUUGUGCAUGUUGCAGUCUUAUUUACCUGAUGCUUACUCAUUUGUUAGAUCCUCAACUCCUCAAAUUCUGUAGUUUUUAAUGUUCCUAUCAUCAGGCUGCUAAUUUGAGCUCCUAUUUCUUCAGCUGCAUGUUGGAAAAAGUUCAUUUGCACCUACAGAAAAUUUAGAGCAGAUAAGAAAAGUCACUGUUUGUGUGCAACUGCUUGUUAAUUUCUCCUGCAUUCAAAUUCAAACUUCCUCUCUGAUUCGUCCCUCUAAGGCGUGCAUGGUGGAGAACGAAUGCGAGGACCCGAGUCAAGAGACGAUCACAUUCCUCUACAAGUUCAUCUCCGGGGCGUGCCCCAAGAGUUACGGCUUCAACGCCGCUCGACUCGCCAACCUGCCCGAGGAGGUCAUCCAAUCAGGACACAAGAAGGCCCGAGAGUUCGAGAAAAGCACCAUCAGCCUCCGCCUCUUCAAGUGCGUAUGAAUGUAAUCCCUCUCCAGAAACAAAAAAAAAAGAGAGGAUCUAAGAGUUGUGUUCAUAAGUGUCCCGAUUUGUCCCCUUUUCUUAUAGGAAGCUGUGCCAGUUCGCUGAAGGUGCCUCCCUGGGGAACACCCACUUUUCCUCUCUGGUUCAGACACUGAACACUCUUUAGUUUGUACACUUACUCUUCGUUCCUGCUGAAUGUUUCCUCAGUACUUAAAAAAACACUACUGUUAUGAUCUAAUAAAGUUUAUUUUUAAAAAAUGACAAUGUUUCAUCUAGGAAAUUAAACCCUUUUAAUUCA